ACAUUGUUUUAAUCCAAAAAUUUUCUUCCAAAAAUUCAACAUUUCGAAGUUCUCACUGUAACCAAUCAAUCAACAAUUUUCAACAACAAAAAAUGGCCAUUGAAGAUCAAAUUGAUUAUUUUAUGUUUGAUCAUGAUAAAUAUAUGUUUUCGGGACGAAGUGGUAAACAACGUUCAAAACGUGAAACAACAAUGCAUACAAAUCGUUUUGAUCCAAAUGGUCAUAGUCGUAAAUUGCUUGUUAAGCUUCGUAAUACUGAAAUAAAACGUCGUUGUUCAACGGUAUCUACUUCGUUACCACCACCAACACCAACAAGAAAACCAUCCAUUGUUCAAUCAUCGCAAUCAAUCAAACAAGGAAAUAAAUCUCGUUCAUCACGAUUGAUUAUUGAUUUGAUUUAAUUAUAUAUAAAGUUUUAUAAAUUUGUUUUUGUAAA